AUGCUAUCACUCUCUCAUAUUCUCGUACUAUUUCCCUUUCUCUCUCGGCUUCUGUCUCGUUAUCACUUUCUCUCAGUAUCUCACUUGUUCUCUCUCUCUCUCUCUCUCUCUCAAACUCUCUUCUUAAUAAAUCUGUCUUUGUUUCGCACUAAUCCUUCCUCUCUCGACCUCUCUUCAUGUCUUUCUCAAACGCUCUCUCCGUAUCUUCCCCUUUUUCUUCUUGCUUUUCUUUUUCUCUCUUGUUCAAUCUGUUUUUAUCAUUUUCCUUUUUCUGUCUCUUUUGCAUUCGUUCUCACUCACCAUUUCCCUCUUGCUUUCUCUCUUUAUUACUUCUCUAGGUCUAUCUGUCUCUCUGUCUCACUUUAUUUAUAUCUGUCUCCCAUUCUCUGUGUAAAUAUCUCUCUCUCUCUUUUUCUUUGCCUUUCUCUUUCUUUCUUUUCUCUUAUUUCACCUUUGUAUUACUUCUCUUUCUGUCGCUAUCAUUUUUUCUCUGUAUUUGACACUCAUUCUCUCUGUAUGUCUUUCUCUCUUAGUUUCAUUCUCUAUCUCUAUUUUCACUCCCUCUCUUUGGUUUUCUAUACUUCUAUUUUCUCGCUCUCUCUCUCUCCCACUCACUCGUUCUCCCUGUCACUUUCUAGUCCACUCUAUCUCUCUCGCUAUCUGUCGUUCUCAAUUUUUCUAUUUUUCCCCUCAGUCUCUCUCUUUCCCUCUCUCUACUUUCGCCUUCUCUGGCUGACAUUUAAAACCAACGCACAAGAAGAGAUAAAUUGA